AUUAACUAUUCUGAAUGUUUUGGUCCUACUAGUGAAUGAGCUGUGCUGCUGUGCAGACAUGAAGAGCAACAACAGCCUGACUCCCUCCUAUUUUCAGUUCACUGUGUUUGCAGACUAUGGGCCCCUCAGAUAUCUUUUCUUCAGUCUCUCUCUGUUGAUCUACAUGACUAUAAUCUCUGCUAAUCUUGUCAUUGUUCUCUCAGUCUGCCUGGAGAACUCUCUGCAUCAAGCCAUGUAUAUUUUCAUCUGCUCUCUGUGUUUAAACUCUCUGUAUGGCUCGACCGGCUUCUUCCCCAGGUUCCUGAUGGACCUUCUGUCCGACACUCAUUUCAUCUCCCGUCCGCUCUGUUUCACUGAGAUGUACAUUACUAACACUUAUGUAGCACAUGAGGUGUCUCUCCUCACAGUCAUGGCCUAUGACAGGUAUGUUGCUAUUUGCCAGCCUUUACACUAUCACAGUAAAAUAAAAUUUAGGAUGGUGCUGCUGCUUUUGUUCCUUGCUGUGCUGCACCCUGUGUGUAUUUUAGGCAGCUUUUUUUAUUUGGCCACCACUUUGCCUUUGUGUGGAAACAAACUGCAGAGGGUUUUUUGCAACUGCUGGUCUAUAAUCAGUUUCUCCUGUGUGGAUACAACUGUGAUCAACAUAGCAAGUCAAUUUGUUGCUGUGGCAUCAGUCUUUAUCCCCCUGUCCUUUGUCCUGUACACCUACCUGCGCAUUCUGCUUGUCUGCAGGAGAAGUUCAUCUGAAUUCAGAGGAAAGGCCUUACAGACCUGCCUGCCCCACAUAGUGACCUUUGGGAACUAUUGCAUCUCUCUGUUCUGUGAGUUUUCACUGAGUUGGUAUAAAGUUGAUGAAGUAAAUACAUUUUCUGUUGUUUUAUCUUUGGAGUUUUUGAUCAUUCCUCCCAUCAUUAACCCUCUGGUUUAUGGCCUGAACCUGCCACAGAUCAGAACAGGGUCCAAGGUGUGCCAACGAUGGGUCGGCUGGUGCACCAACACCGUGUCAGACUCUGUUCCUGUUUCUGAGUGGGUUGGCCAGCACGCUGACAUCGCCUCACACUCGGUUCAUGUUCUUGACCCCGAAUGGGUCAGCCGGCAUGCCGACACCGGCUCUGUUCUUGCCCAUUGGCCUGGUAAAACAAAUGUCCCCUAUAAGGUAUUGGUCACCUGGUGUGCUGACAAGAGUGUCCCCACCAAGGUCUCCACUUCUCAGUGCACCGACAAAGAUGCUCCAGCCUCCCCCUCUGUUCCAGCUCCUGAGUGGGUCAACGACAAUGCCACCCUUCUCCCAGCAGCUGAGUGGUUUGACAAUGCCAACAACACCACCAAAUCUCCAGACCCCGAGUGGGCAGACAACACCACCCUGUGCCCAGUUCCUGAAUGGGCUGAUGUGACCUCUGUUCUGCCUGCCAGCUCUUCGUCAGCCCUGCAACUCCAGCCCCAGUUGGUCCCACUGCAGCAUUCCCUGAGUGUGGCUGUCGUGGCAAGAGAUCUCAUUGUUUAA